CCCCCCCCCGCCCCUCCACUGAGACACGAGCGUGUGCCAGCGGUCCAAGGCCCCCCACUUCUCUGCCAUGGUGACAUAAGCGGCGCUGCAACAUGAGGGAGCACCAACACGACCGUCGCCUUUCUGUCUUCAGUGGCCGCCGCCGCCGCUACGUGGGCGCCGUUUUUUGCGCUUAGCUCCACAAAAACAGUGACUUUGUGAAUAAUUCCUACUUGCUUUUUUUUUCCCCACCCGCACCGAGAGAGACCCCCCCCCCUAAGGCGUGUAGUUGGGCCGGCGGGGCGGAGCGGCGCGGCGUGAGACCAUGCUUGGAUGCGUGACGCACCUCCGUCGGCUGGUCCGCCUCCUCCCGCUGCAGACCUCCCUGCUGCUCCUCUUCCUCUUCUGCACCGUCAGCGUCUUCAUCUUCUCCUACUUCCUCUAUGGCGUCAAGCGGGAGCCCGAGCCUCCGGGAGGGGGCGUGUCCGGCGCCGAGGGGGCGUCGGCCGACUCCUACGACCCGCGGGUCACCCCCUCCCGGCUGCUGCCCCUGCGCGGGGUCUCGGGGGGCCCGGGCCUGGAUCCCACGGGGGCCAGGACAGAUCCUGUGGUUCUGGUGUUUGUGGAGAGCCAGUAUUCUCAACUGGGGCAGGAGAUUGUGGCCAUCCUGGAGUCUGGGCGGUUCAAGUACCGGACGGAGAUCUCCCCCGGUAAAGGGGACAUGCCCACGCUGACGGACAAGGAGAGGGGGCGUUUCACACUCGUGAUUUAUGAGAACAUUCUCAAGUAUGUCAACCUGGACGCCUGGAACAGGGAGCUGCUGGACAAAUACUGCGUGGAGUAUGGAGUGGGCAUCAUUGGCUUCUUCAAGGCCAAUGAAAACAGUCUGCUCAGUGCACAGCUCAAAGGCUUCCCCCUCUUUCUUCACUCCAAUUUGGGUCUGAAGGACUGCACUGUCAACCCCAAGUCCCCACUUCUCUUCAUCACUCGAGCCGGGCAGCCCCUGCCAGGUUCUCUGCCGGGCGAUGACUGGACAGUGUUUCAGUCCAACCACUCAACAUAUGAGCCCGUGUUGCUGGCCAAGACCCAGUCAGCUGAGAGUGUGGCGUCCGUGGGGCAGAACGCUGCUAUGCUGCCCUCGGUGGUGCAGGACCUGGGGCUUCACGAUGGUAUCCAGAGGGUCCUGUUUGGCAACAAUCUGGGCUUUUGGCUGCACAAGCUGGUGUUUGUGGACGCAGUGGCCUUCCUCACCGGGAAAAGGCUCUCAUUAUCCCUGGAGCGUUACAUCCUGGUGGAUAUCGAUGACAUCUUUGUGGGCAAAGAGGGCACCCGAAUGAAGGUGCCUGAUGUAAAGGCCCUGCUGGAGACGCAGAGGGAGCUGCGCACCCAUGUGCCCAACUUCACCUUCAACCUGGGCUUCUCAGGGAAAUUCUUUCACGCCGGAUCUGAUGAGGAGGACAAAGGGGACGACCUGCUGCUUUCCUUUGUGAAGGAUUUCUGGUGGUUCCCUCACAUGUGGAGCCACAUGCAGCCCCAUCUAUUCCACAACCAGUCCGUGCUGGCCGAGCAGAUGUUGCUCAACAAGAAAUUUGCAGUGGAACAUGGCAUCCCCACUAACAUGGGCUAUGCGGUGGCCCCUCACCACUCGGGCGUUUACCCCGUGCACAUGCAGCUGUACGACGCCUGGAAGAAGGUGUGGGGGAUCAAGGUGACCAGCACCGAGGAAUACCCCCACCUAAAACCCGCCCGCUUCAGGCGGGGUUUCAUCCACAGCGGCAUUAGCGUGUUGCCCAGGCAGACGUGCGGCCUUUUCACACACACUAUCUUCUAUAAAGACUACCCAGGCAGUCCAAAUGAACUGGACAAGCUCAUCAAUGGAGGGGAGCUCUUCCUCACAGUUCUGCUGAACCCUAUCAGUAUCUUCAUGACCCACCUGUCCAACUAUGGUAACGACCGCCUCGGCCUGUACACCUUCAAAAGCCUGGUGAUGUUCGUCAAGACGUGGACCAAUCUGAAGAUGCAGACUUUGCCGCCAAUCCAGCUCGCUCAGAAGUACUUCUCCCUCUUCCCCUCUGAAAGAGAUCCCCUAUGGCAGGAUCCCUGUGAGGACAAAAGGCACAAGGACAUCUGGUCCAAGGAGAAAACAUGUGACCGCUUCCCCAAACUGCUUGUCAUCGGGCCUCAGAAGACCGGAACAACGGCACUCUACCUGUUUCUUGGCAUGCACCCUGACCUGACCAGCAACUACCCCAGCAAGGAGACGUUUGAGGAGAUCCAGUUCUUCAAUGGGCACAACUAUCACAGAGGCAUCGACUGGUAUAUGGAAUACUUCCCUCUUCCCUCCAACACCAGUUCAGACUACUACUUUGAGAAGAGUGCCAACUACUUUGACUCUGAGGUUGCGGCUCAGAGGGCUGCGGCUCUCCUGCCCAAAGCCAAAAUCAUCACCAUCCUCAUCAACCCGGCCGACCGGGCGUACUCUUGGUACCAGCACCAAAGAGCCCACGACGACCCGGUGGCAUUAAGAUACUCCUUCCAUGAAGUCAUCACGGCCGGGCGCGAGGCUCCGGUCCGGUUGCGGGUCCUCCAGAACCGCUGCCUGGUGCCGGGCUGGUACGCCAUCCACCUGGAGCGCUGGCUCAAUUUCUACCACUCCAGCCAGCUGUUGGUUUUGGAUGGACAGAUGCUGAAGACUGAACCUGCCUCUGUCAUGGACAAAAUCCAGAAGUUUCUCGGCCUCACCAACAGUAUCAAUUACCACAAAAUCUUAGCGUUUGACCCCAAGAAAGGUUUUUGGUGUCAGCUUCUGGAGGGGGGAAAGACUAAGUGUUUGGGAAAGAGUAAAGGACGCAAGUACCCCGACAUGGACCCUGUGUCCCUGGAGUUCCUCAGGGAGUACUACCGGGAUCACAACAUCGAGCUGUCCAAGCUGCUCUACAGGAUGGGUCAGCCGCUGCCCGGCUGGCUCAGGGAGGAGCUGGUCCACAGCAGGUAGCAGAGAAGAGAAGGGCUCCACGCCGCACCGCUGCUUUCCUCUGCCAGGGCUCACCGGCCCAGUGGCCCGAAAGGUCGAAGAUCCCCCGUUAUUUCUGGACAGAUGCGGUCAUCUGUGCACAUUUGAGGACGGGACAUCAAAGCAGAACUCAAAACGUAACUGUGAUCUUCCUAAAAGCAAAACUGCCUAUAGGGCUCUCGGGAGACCUUCAGUGUUAAUAAUCGCAGUCCCAUGCUCCCUCAUCAAACUUCCUCUCUUCGUGUCAACUGUUGCUGCUCGACGGAUGAGACAGAUAAACUCAUCUUGAGCAGUAUGAGGCCUGAGAGGUGUUCAGCGGAGCUCUGAACUCUAUAACGUGCGUCCCCCGGCGAUGCAGUGGCGUUUGGAGCACAUCACAGCGGGCAGCAUGACGCUGAGUCGACGCAUGGCGGCCCGAUGAAGACAGAAGCUCUGUUCAAACUCAUUUUAAUAUAAGUGACGCGAGUGGGACAUGUGGAGAUGACUCAGGCUGCGUUAUGUAGCCUUACUCAAUAAGCCUUGGUAGAAUUUUAGUUAUCGCAUUUAAAGUGCCAGGACAGAAUCUCCUCCAGACUCUCACCACACAGACUUUUUGAGGGUUCUUUUAUUUUUGUCAACUUGUAUGUUUUGUUUUUACUCUGAUUUGAACAUUUCUUUGAUGCUGAUUGAAAUGCAUUUGUAGAAUGUACCAAAACUAAACAUCUUAGUUGUGUUGUUUUUCACUUAGGCAGGGUGUACGGUGCAGUUGUGUAUCCUGUUUACGGCUCGGCCUGCUCUUUGGUCAGUUUCAUGACCGGCGAAGGGGGCUGAAGCAGGAGAAGAAGGAACAGACGUUGAAAGCACAAAGGCGCUCUUAUUCUCUGAACGUACAGGAAACUGGAAAGCACACUAACUAAAAUGCUCCUCCUCCAAUCUGUGAAGAAGAUCAUAAGCUAGCUACUGUAUUUUAAUUGAGCACUCUGGUCCUGUACAUUCAGACGGUGUACAUUUCCAAAUCUGUUUUCAGCAUUGGGUUUUUUUGACUAAAUGUAUAUUUUGUUUUCUCUUUUCCUUCAUUUUUUUCAGUCAUUUCAUAUACUGGAGAAGUUCAAAAUUAGGGGUAAAAAGCUGUCUGUUGGUCACGGGUGAGCGUCAGCGGGCAAACCAACAGCCGGCCCAGUGACCACACACAGAUGUUUGGUUGUCAGCCAACGUUUUAUCACUGCAACUAGAUGUCAAGCGUAGAUAACAAAAAGCUGCUGUUACUGCAAUAGUUUUGUAUGUUGUUCUGACGUAAUAACAAUGCACAUGUUGGUUUUUAUCAUUUCCUGACUUUGUAAUGUACAUAAAGCGAAACCCUCAGUAGACCUAAAUUAUUGAAUGUGUUUGGGUUUACGCUGCAUCAGCCCGUUGUCGUAGUGUGAAACGUCAGUGCUGCACUGAGGGCAGUGUGGAUUCUUUCAUCAUGCGGGGGUGACGCUAUAAGACUAUUUCCUCUCAUGACCUCUCACUGCCAAUAUUGUGCAAAGGUACCGAGUCUUUCCAUAUUAAGUAUUACAUGAUAACACAUAACAGCAAAAUGGUACUAAUCUCCUGGACUGUAUGAUAAAGAUUUGUAAUUGUUGUCUAUAAUUUUUACAGUGUAACUAAUAUUGUCGGUGCUUUUUAAUUUGCAAAUAAAACACCACUGUAUUUUUCAGUA